CAUUAUAGUUGCUUUAGAAAUCAGUCAAUAAAUGGAACACAGAGUGAAGUUCAGACAGGUUCAUUCCUGGGUGGAACCAAACAAACUGAAAGACCUAAUCUUAUGUAUACAGAGAAAUGUAAAAUGAUCACUGGUGAAUCACAACCCUAGCUCUGGCACUAUAAUUUAUAUAAUGAUCUGGUUAGCACUUUAUAUAAUGAUUGGAUACAUAAGCACAAAUGAAAUGUACUGGAUUGGACACCAGAGUGGUUGCCCUCACUGUGAUCUAUGGCUAUGGAGCCUCUAGAAUCACUUACCAUUUUUCUUGGAGUUUGCAUCAUUUGCCUUGUUUUCUUUACAUGGAAAAGAAGCCUUGUAGGGAAUGGGAAAUUACCACCUGGCCCAACCCCUCUACCCAUCAUAGGAAAUGCUCUGCAACUGAAGACAAAUCACUUGGAUCUUACUUUGCAUGAGCUCAGUGAGAAAUAUGGCCCCGUGCUCACAGUGUAUUUUGGAACAGAACGUAUUGUGGUGUUGACUGGUUAUGAUGUAAUAAAAGAAGCACUGAUUGAUCGUGGAGAUGACUUUGCAGCAAGAGGAAGCCUGCCAAUAUUUGACAACGUCAACAAAGGGCUAGGAAUAAUAUUCAGCAAUGGGGAGAGAUGGAAACAACUCCGACGUUUUGCCCUCACCACCUUACGCAACUUUGGGAUGGGGAAAAAAAGCAUUGAGGAGCGGAUUAGUGAAGAAACCUGGUGUCUUCUUGAAGAAUUUCAAAGCAAAAAAGGAAAGCCCUUUGACCCAACCUUCCUGCUCAGCUGUGCUUUAUCUAAUGUCAUCUGUGCCAUUGUCUUUGGGACCCGAUAUGAAUACAGCAACAAGAAGUUUCUAACCAUGCUGCGCUUCAUGAAUGACAAUGUCUCUAUCUUGAGCUCUCCUUGGGGACAGCUCUACAAUAUAUUCCCCUCUUUCAUGAAUUCUAUUCCAGGACCGCAUCAAAGAUUUGUAGCAAACAACUUAGCAACAAGAGAGUUUAUUUUAGAAGAGGUUAAGUGGCACAAGGCUACUCUGGACUCCACUGCUCCUCGAGAUUUUAUUGACUGUUUCCUUAUUAAAAUGGAACAGGAAAAACAAAAUGGUGCAUCGGAGUUCAGCAUUGACAAUUUGAUCAUCUCCACUAUAGACUUGUUUCUGGCAGGAACAGAAACCACCAGUAGCACCCUGAGAUAUGGACUCAUGAUUCUCCUGAAAUACCCAAAGGUAGAAGUGAAAGUGCAUGAAGAGAUUGACCGAGUAAUUGGCAGAACACGGAAGCCUUGCAUGGCUGAUCGGGGACAGAUGCCUUACACAGAGGCAGUCAUUCAUGAAAUUCAGAGGUUUAUCUCUCUGGCUCCCCUGGGUGUCCCUCGGGCAGUGAUAAAAGAAACUCCAUUCAGACAAUACAUAAUUCCAAAGGGCACCACCAUAUAUCCUAUUCUGACUUCUGUGCUGCAUGACAGCAAAGAAUUUCCAAACCCCAAAGAAUUUGAUCCACAACAUUUCUUACAUGAAGAUGGCACUUUCAGGAAGAGUGACUUCUUUUUGCCAUUUUCAGCAGGUAAGAGGAUCUGCAUAGGAGAAGGCCUGGCCCGUAUGGAGCUUUUCUUGUUUUUCACUACCAUACUGCAGAACUACAAACUGAAGCCUCUUGUUCAUCCCAAGGACAUUGAUAUCACACCCUUAUUUAGUAGUGUAGGCAAUAUUCCUUGGCCCUAUCAACUCUGCAUUCUCUCUCGCUGAGAAGAUUACUUCUGCUACAAGUGGAAUAUGUAGACCUGGCACACAUGAUGGUGUAAGAAGCUCUACUUCUUUAGAUUUAAAGGAUCACUUUCUAGUCUUUGUUUCUGGAAGGGGAACAAAACACAUGAAAGGAGGCUUGAAUUUUCUGCUACAUACUUUAUAAACCAAUAGUCUGUUUCCUGUGAGUGCAAAAGAAUAAACUUUUUAUUUAGAUGACCUGGUCCUUUACUUUAGUGGGUUAUUUGGUACUGGUUCAUUAUCCGGGUGGAGGCCACUAAGAGAUGCUAGAGAGAGGAUAGUCCAUUUUACAGGGGGUGGGAGGAUUAAAAUCAGAUAAUGUGGAUUUUCUGUUUCGAUGACAUGGAUUAUCUAGUAAUGUAUAAGGGACCUCAGGCAAGGCCCUACUUUCCUUCUCUCAAGACAUUUGUCUGUAAAAGAGGGAACUAACUUUGUAGGGCUAU